AUGUCUCACUCAGGUGCUCAAGGCAGCAUUGGCAGCCACUCUGCCAUAGGGCUGCGCAAUUACAAGAUAUACCUCUACGAAUACGAGAACUUCCAAGGCCGUAGGAUGGACCUGUUUGGAGAGUGCCGUAACCUGUGCGAGAAGGGUUUUGACAGAAUCGGCUCCAUCAGGGUAGAGAGUGGACCCUGGGUGGGUUAUGAACAGCAGAACAUGACUGGUGAGAUGUUCAUGCUGGAGAAGGGAGAGUACCCACGCUGGGACACCUGGUCCAACAGCUACAGGUGUGACCGCUUCAUGUCGGUCAGGCCUGUCCGAAUGGACCCCCAGGACCACAAGAUUUGCCUGUAUGAAUGUACAAACUUCGAAGGUCGUAAGAUGGAGGUGUGCGAUGAGGAUAUUCCAAGCCUGUGGUCUUAUGGUUUCCAGGACCGUGUCGCCAGCAUUCAGGUCACUGGCGGAACGUAACUGGGUGGCUACCAGUACCCUGGCUACCGCGGCUACCAGUAUGUGUUUGAAAUGGGCCCUUACAAGCACUGGAACGAGUGGGGAGCCCACCACCAGAUCCAGUCCAUCCGCCGGGUGAGAGACAUGCAGACGCACCGCAGGGGCUGCUUUGAGAUGACCGCAUAG